UGUCACUUAGCCACACUCUGUAUUGAAGGUAAUUAUACCUUACUAUCAGAGAGAAAGUUGUGCGGGUAGUGUUUGGACAGAAUAAACUUAGUCAAUAUGCAAAGGAACAAGAGGAACGAACCACCUGCAUGGAAUUCAGAGGAAAAGUUUUUGAAAAUAUAUCUAAAGGGCCGCCCAGUGCCCUUGUGCGCGCCCACAAACAUCGAGGAUGAAGGCCCGUACGACGUGAAGGCACCUCAAGACCCGCCUGCUCAGCAACUCAAACUAGAAUGGGUGUACGGUUACCGGGGUGGCGACUGCAUGUCAAACCUUUACACCAUUGCAACCGGGGAGGUAAUCUACUUCAGUGCGGCUGUGGUUGUCCUCCAUAACUUUGCGGAGCAGACUCAAAGACACUAUACAGAACACAAUAAUGAUGUCAAAAGCCUGGCCAUUCAUCCAGACCAAGUUAAGGUGGCAACGGGACAGGUUACUGGUCAUGAGAAAAAGGGCAAGGCGCACGUAAGGGUGUGGGAGAGCAUCAACCUUACGACGCUGCACGUGAUCGGCGAGGGGGAGUUCCAGAGGAACGUCUGCUGUGUCUCCUUCUCUCCAGUUGAUGGGAAUAACUUACUGGCGGUGGAUGAAAGUAACGAACAUAUCCUGUCUGUCUGGGAUGUCAGCCGAGACAACAAAUUCUCCAAGAUAACCGACUGCAAGUCGUCAAAUGACCCUGUGACCCAGUGUGCCUUCCACCCAAAGGAAGAGAAUCAGAUCGUCUGCUGUGGCAAGUCACAGAUCACGUUCUGGACCCUGGAGGGGGAGAGACUUUCCAAGAAGGGCGGAAUCUUUGGGAAAAACGAGAAGCCAAAGUCGGUCCAUUGUUUCAGCUUCACAGAGAACGGGGACGUCGUGUCCGGAGACUCCAGUGGCAAUAUCUACGUCUGGGAGAAAGGCACCAACAAGAUCAGCAAGGCCAUUCCAAACGCCCACGAUGGUGAUGUGUUCAGCAUCUGUUGUUCGAGAGAUGGAACCAUUCUUUCCGGAGGAGGGACAGACAGGAAAAUUAUUCAGUGGGACGCGGAGUUCCAAAAAACUGGAGUAGAAAAUGAGAUCCCUGUGGAGUUUGGAGCUGUACGGAUGAUAAGCCAGAAGCCGGACAACAUGAUUCUAGUGGGAACCAUCCGUAACUGCAUCUUACAGGGAAAUAUGGACCUUAACGUCUCACCGGUUGUUGAGGGUCACAAAGAAGAGUUAUGGGGCCUGGACGUGAGCCCCAGUCAGUCCCAGUUCCUAACGUGCGGCUACGACAAGCAUGUGUAUCUGUGGGACGCCCAGACACGCUCCGUCGUCUGGCGGAAGGAGAUCUCCGAUCCGGCCCGUUGUUGCUGCGUCCACCCGAGUCUGCCAAUCGCAGUGGUGGGUCUGCAGACGGGCAAGUGGCUUGCACUUGACCUAAAUACGCAAGAGAUCGUCGCCGAGAACAGCGAUGGCACAGAUCAGAGGGAUUGCAUGCAGUUCUCACCUGACGGCAAGAUGCUGGCAGUGGGAGGUCAUGACAACUGCAUCUUCAUAUACGAAGUGAGCGAUGAUGGUAAAGGGUACCAAAAUUUAGGCACGUGUUCCGGCCACAGCUCGUUCGUGACCCACAUUGACUGGUCGGAGGACGGCGAGAUACUUCGAAGCAACUCGGGCGAUUACGAGGUCCUGUACUGGUAUCCAAAGACAUGCGGACAGGAAAUCUUCAGGGACGCUGUGAGGGACCGAGCGUGGGCCACGCAAAACUGCACCCUCUCAUUCCAGUCUGCGGGAAUCUGGCCUAUUGAUGCGGACGGUACAGAUAUAAACAACUGUGCGGUGUCACAUGACAAGAAGCUGUUGGUGAGCGCUGACGACCUUGGGAAGGUCAACCUCUACGCAUUCCCGUCCAUCCAUCCCAAGGCCACGGGUAACUCGUACCAGGGCCACAGCAGUCACGUGACCAUGGCCAAGUUUCUGUGCGAUGAUUCUCGCGUAAUCUCCACGGGGGGAAAAGACGAGACCGUAAUGCAGUGGCAGGUGGUCGCUUAGUUAACAUAACAAUCUCAUCCUGAUAACAUGGCUUGACCUUUGGUUUCGCGGCACUUUGCAUUAUUAUUGUUGGGGACUCUGGUCCCAUUUUAUGAAUGGUGAAGGGAUAUCCAGUGUUUUCUUAAAAACUCCAAAUGCAUUCUUUGCUAAUAUUAAUGCACAUGUCUUUUUUUUCAAGAGGAAUGUUAGUGACAAAGAGAAAGCUUAAUUUUUAGUCUGACAAUAAUUAUCAACAAUUUUUGCACGUUAAUUUUUCCAAAAUGAUUGAUUAUUUGUAUAAUUAUUAUUUGCCUCGACAAAGUACUUUUUGUUCUUUUUCGUUAAAUCAUUUAAGUAACGAUAUUGACCUGUUUUGAUUAAUUAAAUAUUUAUGCUCAAUCUAAAGUGUAUAAGAUAAAUAAAGAUGUGUUAGUUCUUUUAUGUUUAUAUUGCUGCUGUAAAAAACAUUUAUGUGAUCUUUAUAGAAUCCGUAAUAACGUUAAGAGAUUGUAAAAUAAAUGUACGACGUUUUAACGCACACUGUUCACUUUGAAUGUUAAACAAUACCAAUAUUAAAUGAAAAUUAUUCAGCAUCUCUAGUAACUGAAGUUAAAAGGUUAUAAUAUUGCAUAUUUCAUUCUUAUAUAGGUCACUAUUGGUUUGAAUGCUAUUAAGUGUAUAGAACACUAUAUAGAAUAUAUAGAGUUUAUAGAAUAAAUUAUUUACAACAUACAGUUUUUUUAACUAUAUAUUGUAAAAAUUGUAAUUUAUCUCAUUUCGUGUUGUGAUAAAAUCUUGUGUGUUUUUUUUAUAUUAUGAUAGAUGUGUAUUUUUCAAAGAUCCAAUUUUUGUACAAUGUUUAACACUGUUGUAUUAGCCUCUGUUUUAUUAUUAUGCAUUUUCAAUCUAAAAUAAUUCUCUUAAAGAUCGUUUAAGUGUUUGUUUUAAAGCGUUAAUGGCUGUUCUUGCCUCAUGACCUCUAAACUAAUGUAUUAGAUAUAACACUCAAAGUGUAAAAGUUAAAUAUAAUUUGCUAUUUUCCACAAAGUGUGCAGUUUUUAAUUUUGUUGUUGUUUCGCAAACAAAAUGAAUACUGAUUGAAUUGU